CGCCGGUAUGUACACGCGGUCUAAUUGGCCGUUUAGGGGGGGGGCGUUGCUUUGGGUGGCAGGUUCCGGUCGCUGAGGAGGGACAGCAGGUUUCGGCACCUGCCGGUUCGCGCCGCAUCCAGUACGCGGUCCGGGUCCGGGAGCAAAAUGAGCGGCCGUGUGGGUGAUCUGAGCCCGAAGCAAUCCGAAGCCCUGCAGCAGUUGCGAGAGAGAAUCCAGGAUAUUUUGCCACAACUUCCAGCCCAGCAUGACCAUUUCCUGCUUCGCUGGCUCAGAGCCAGAUCCUUCAGUGUGUCAAAGGCAGAAGCCAUGCUUCGAAAGCAUGUGGAAUUCCGGAAACGCAUGAAGGUGGACACGAUAACUACCGCCUGGCAGCCACCAGAGGUGAUUGAACAGUAUCUGGCAGGGGGAAUGUGCGGCUAUGACAGAGAGGGAAGCCCCAUCUGGUAUGAUGUCAUCGGCCCACUGGACCCCAAAGGCCUCCUCCUCUCUGCCAGUAAACAGGAUUUUCUAAGAUAUAAGAUACGAAACACAGAGAUGCUUCGAAUGGAAUGUGAGAAGCAAUCCAAGGCGCUGGGAAAGAAUGUGGAGUCAAUUACCUUGAUUUAUGACUGCGAGGGUCUAGGCCUUAAACACCUGUGGAAACCUGCAAUCGAAGCCUACGGAGAGGUGCUCACCAUGUUUGAGGAGAACUACCCCGAAGGACUCAAGAGAUUGUUUCUCAUAAAAGCUCCGAAGCUCUUCCCUGUCGCCUACAACCUUGUGAAGCAUUUGCUGUGUGAGGACACCCGUCAAAAGGUCAAUAUCCUGGGCGAUGAAUGGCCAGAGGUUUUACGGGAACACAUUGACCCUGACCAGCUGCCGGUGGCAUACGGGGGCAAUCUCACCGACCCUGAUGGGGACCCCAGGUGCAGGACCAAGAUUAAGUAUGGAGGAGUUGUGCCAAAGUCAUACUACAAGCAGGACUGCGUCAAAGUGCAGUACGACCAGAGCAUUACCAUCAGCCGUGGAUCCUCCCAUCAGCUAGAAUAUGAGAUCCUCUUCCCAGGAAGCGUGCUGCGGUGGCAAUUCAUGAGCGAGGGUGCAGACGUUGGCUUCGGGGUCUUCAUGAAAACCAAGGUGGGUGAGAGACAGCGGGCGAGUGAGAUGACAGAAGUGCUGCCUAGUCAGCGAUACAACGCCCACCUGGUACCGGAGGACGGGUCCCUCACCUGUGCCGGCGCCGGUGUCUAUGUGCUGCGAUUCGACAACACCUACAGCGUCAUCCUGUCCAAGAAGGUCAGCUUCUCAGUGGAGGUUCUGUUGCCUGACAGCCAGUCACAGUCAUCUAAGAGUAAAAAUGGGGCUGAUCAGAACACAGAACUGGGCACAAACGGAAAAUAGCAGCAAAAGACAACUGCAGUAGAAAGGGCUGCUUAUCCUCCGAGUUUAUGCUGCUUAAAUCAUGAAGGUGGCUUCAUUUUAAGUGCAAAGCUUCCAGGUUUAAAGCUGUGACACAGAUUAAUAUAAGCUGGAAAGAAGAAAAAGGCAAACUUGGAAAGAGGAUUUAAUUGUUUUUAUGAAUUAAAUAUCCAUACAAAGAGCUCCAGGUUUGUGGAUUAUAGUUUUUCUUCAGGGUUCAUUUGGUAAAUUCUGCCAGUAAUAAUUAAAGCUAUAACCAGUUGUAUCAAUGGGAGGCAACAAACAUCUGUGUUUUAAUGCAGUACUCUCUGCUUAGUUGAUCUUUUAAAAAAAUAUUUGAUAUUACUCAUUUAAAUAUUUAAUAUGUAACUAAAAACAAGGGCUCUGGGUCAGAUUAUGAAUUUUUAAAAAUUUUCAAUAACUGAAGUAGAAUUAGCCUAGAGAAGCCAAACUGGGCAGUCUGAAGUCACCUGUAUAAAACUGACAUCUGAAGCAUAAAGAUUUGUUUUCUAAUAAGUAGAGCUGGUAGACUCACUGGUAGCCUCACUGGUAGCCUCACUGUUAGCCUCGCUGUUAGCCUCACUGGUAGCCUCACUGGUAGCC